AAGAGAGAGAAAGAAAGAAAGGUCUAAGUUACUGAGUCAGGAAAAAAGGUGGUCCCACUCCGAAAACACCGUUUCCAAGCAGGCGGUCUCAGUUCAUACUUUUCUUCUCAUAUCGCUUCGUCCCUGAAGUGAUACAAACACGUUAACAACCAUUAGUUUUCGACCCAACAUGUUCAUGUUAGCAAAUACUAAGAUGAUGCUAUAUUUCUAUCCGGAUUAAAGUUUUAGAAACAUGGUAAAAUGGAGAGAAGAGCUGAAACUGGAGUGAAGAGGCUGGCGCUGGGAAUCUCGCUUUAUUACUCCCACCACCGCCUGUAAGAAAACCCCUCUUAAGAUUUACUCUCUUGUAAAUUUCACAUCGACUGGAUUUCACGCUAUUCUGGGUUGUGGUUUGGAGAGGUAACUGACUGUGGGACUGGACGUGUCCCUUUGUGGCGUUUGCCGGUGUGGCACUGCACCGUGCACCGAUUGGAUGUUGCCUGGGAGAUGAGGAUGUGCUGCUGGCACCAGGAAGGAAGGAUUUUGAUGUGAUGGGGUGCAGGACGAGCAAAGUCCUCCCAGAGCCACCCGCUGAUGUCCAACUUGACUUAGUCAAAAAAGUAGAGCCACAUCAGACUGAUGUCUAUAAAAACUUCAUUAAAAGUGAUGGCGGCGGGGCGAAAACAGGCUCGCCAUCUCCUCAGGGUCAAAGCCAGGCUGCUGCGAAGGUGAGCCAGUCCCCUCCUCCAGCUAACAGCCAGACGGAGCCUGCUGACCCACACCGGAAAAAAGUAGCUAAAUACAGGGCCAAAUUUGACCCUCGAGUGACCGCUAAGUAUGAUAUCAAAGCUUUGAUAGGCCGGGGUAGUUUCAGUCGUGUAGUACGAGUGGAACACAGAAGCACACGGCAGCCAUACGCCAUCAAGAUGAUCGAGACUCGCUACCGUGAAGGCAGAGAAGUAUGUGAAUCUGAACUUUGCGUGCUGCGACGGGUGCGCCACACCAACAUCAUUCAACUGAUGGAGGUGUUUGAGACGGCUGAGCGGGUCUACAUGGUGAUGGAGUUGGCCACCGGCGGAGAACUGUUCGAUCGCAUCAUCGCCCGUGGGUCUUUCACAGAAAGGGAUGCCACGCGAGUGCUGCAGAUGGUUCUCGAUGGGGUCAAGUACCUCCAUACGUUGGGCAUCACGCACAGGGACCUAAAGCCUGAAAACUUGCUUUACUACCAUCCUGGUGCUGAUUCCAAGAUCAUGAUCACAGACUUUGGCUUGGCCAGCACACGGAAGAAAGGAGACGAAUGCCUGAUGAAGACUACCUGUGGAACACCUGAAUACAUCGCUCCUGAGAUACUCGUUCGAAAGCCGUACACUAAUGCAGUAGACAUGUGGGCACUGGGAGUCAUCUCCUACAUACUGCUCAGUGGCACCAUGCCUUUUGAGGAUGACAAUCGCAUGCGUCUGUACCGACAGAUCCUCAAAGGGAAAUACAGCUUCUCCGGGGAGCCAUGGCCAAGUGUUUCCAAUCUUGCUAAGGACUUCAUUGACCGUGUCCUCACAGUGGAUCACACUGAGCGUCUGACUGCGGGCCAGGCACUUAAACAUCCUUGGAUUGUCAGCAUGGCUGCUUCCUCCUCCAUGAAGAACCUGCAGCGGUCCAUUUCCCAGAACCUCCUGAAGAGAGCGUCAUCACGCUGCCACAGCACCAAAUCAGCACAGUCCACUCGCUCCAGCCGCUCCACGAAGUCCAGCAAGGCGCGACGUGUUCGUGAGAAGGAGCUGCGGGAACUUAACCGCCGUUACCAGCAGCAGUGUAACGGUUGAGAGCGAAGUACAAGUCACGAGACUGUGACAUGACUAUGUGUACCUUAUGAAAAACAUUGGAGCAGAUGCAGGAACGGAGCAGAGCUACAUUGUGCCUCAACUUAGAUGUCAACUUCCUGCUCCAUCACCACAGAGCCAGUUAGCAGAAAACCUCCUUCUAAAUUUUCAUUCAUUUUCUAUUUUUCUGCUGUUUCUCUCUUGUUUAUUACCUUUUAUGUGAUUGUUUUAUUUAUUUAUUGUUGAUGUAUUUUCUUUGGAAAUUAUCUCAUUCAGCCUUUUACCUGAUUGUAUCUGUUGAACAGAAUUUUACAGAAGUUGCUGGAAGGACUAAGAAAGAAUACACCUUCCUGAUUUUUGCUGUGAAUUAUUUGUUAUGGUACCCACUGGAAGACUGCUCUUCUAAUGGGGGAAAUGUGCUGUUUAUUCAUUAUUAGCAACAAAUCACAUCAACUUGUGACAGUUUAUUGUGCCUUAAUAUCACUUUGAACAUGAUGGAAUGGUAAGAAUCAAAUAGUUGGUAAUUGCUUUGGAAGUAACUACAUAUAUAUCACAUUUGCAAUGAUACACACAUUGUAAACUCUUAAUAUUGCAUAUAGUUAUGAGCCUAAAAAGGGGUAGUUCACACAAAUAUGAAAAUCUGUCCUCGUUUACUCACGAAAGGAGCAGAAAAGAAGAAAUUUUGAAGAACUGUUUUUUUUCAUACAAUGAGUCCAAGUCAGAGGGGUCCAAAACAACAGUAGACUUCACUGACUUUAAUUGUAUGGCCAAAAAAAAAAAAGAUUUUCAUGACUUUCUUUCAUGUUCUGCAGGAAUCAAGAAGUCAUACAGCUUUAGAAAUGACAUGAGGGUAUGAAAGCUUGUUUCCAUCACGGGAUUAAAAAAAAUGAAAUUGCAAUUUUUUUUGUCUUACAAUUUGGUCUUUUUUUAUAUACAGAAUUGCAAGAUAUAAGAAAAAAAAAAUCCAUUGUAAUAUAAAAAGUUGCAAUUUCUGACUUUUUUGUCAGAGAUGCGAGUAUAUAUCUUUCUAUAAAAAUGUUUGAAUUGCAAAAAAAUUGCAAGAAAAAAGUAACAAUUACCUAUUUUUAUUUUUCAUUCUGUAGCAGAAACAGGCUUUUGUAUGAUGGUGAUAAGACAAUGACAGAAUUCUCGUUUUUGGGUGAACAAUACCUUUAAAGGGAUACUCCACCCCAAAAAUAAAAUUUUGUCAUUAGUCACUUACCCCCAUGUCGUUCCAAACCCGUAAAAGCUCAGUUCGU